GUUCUAAUUUAAUUUACGAUUCUACAUUAGGAUGUUCCCGUUUGGAGGAGAGCGAGAGACUGUGUGGCAGAGAGAGAGAGAGAGAGUGUGUUGGUGUGUGUGUGUGUGUGUGUGAGAGAGAGAGACGAUCCCGGCCAGCGGCUCCACGGCUCCAGACGCGCGUCACCGACACAUUCGUCGCUCUUUACGGUGAAGCGCGCGACAGGCCUGAAUCCUCCACCGUGAACCGACACACACAGAGGAUCGUCCGGCUCUUUAUAAGAGGCUCAUGAAGAACACACAGCCCUCUUCAGAGGAAACCAGCGAGUGGCUAAUGGUAGCGAUCGAGCGGAUGACCGGGAAGAAAUCGAGGAAAACACAGGAAUAACGCGCGACUCCGGAGCGACAUCAUAUUCAUUCCGAGGGUUUGUCCUUCCAACUGAAGAAAACCAUGAAAUCUGCUACUUACAGCACCUGAAAGAGAUUUACAUAAUCAAGACGCAAUGGAAGAGCCGUACAAAGAUUCUGUAGCCGGAGACAUGGCGAACCCCCAGGAGGAGGCCACCAACACUGAUGCAGUUGGGAAACUCGAGGGAGAAGCCACUCCAAUUAUUACAACCGAGACAUGGAAUGUCAGUUCUCCAACCAUCACGAAACGAUCCCUAUCACCCCUGCUAACAAUACAAGCCACCCCAGUGGUGACCCCGGCUGCUGAGUCUCCCAAUGGCGUUGCCCUAAAGGUCGCUACAACUGUGCUUCAACCAAUCUGCUUGGGAGAGAGUCCAAUGAUGUUGCCCAUCCUUGCUGGUCCAGCUGCCUCUCAAGUUGGACAAUCAGGGACAACUUCAUAUCUAAUGACCAGUCAAGGUCCUGUAUCCCUACCUCUGGUCUUGGAACAACAAGUCCUCCAACAUUUGAAUCCUCAAUUACUUCAACAAACAGCAACUUGUCCUCUCCCUCUACAGAACAACAUACUGUGCCAGAACCCUACCCUUGCUCUCGGACCACCUCCAGUCAUUGACCAGAAAGGCUCGAAUCCAGUGUUGGAUACUAGUCUAAUGACUCUUCUUCAGAACCCCAACUUUGCAGCAAUCUUGCAGGACCUCUUCCCUGGCCAAGGGAACUCUUCGCCCAGUUGUCACCAAGCGUCUUCCCCGCAAGUAGACCUCGCCUCUGCGUUUCUGUCUCCUCCGCCUCUUACACACCCCUACAUUUCUCCACUAGCCUCUCUGGUGCCUCCUGCAACCCUCCUCGUGCCCUAUCCUGUUGUGAUCCCUCUUCCAGUGCCUCUUCCAAUCCCAGUGCCAAUCCCAGUGCCGGUCUCAAUGUGCAAGGACUCAAAGAUUGAGGUAGACUCCUCUAAACCGGCUUGUACGUCGAGCAAAAGCACACAGACGUCACCUAGUGACAUCUCCCCUCAUUUGACAUUAACCAACAGGGAAUUGGCACUAGUCCAGCAACCCUUUCCCUCUUGCUCGUCCCCUGUAGCGACAGACGGAGAAGUGCUAGACUUAUCCAUAAGGGCGACUCAACCGUCAACGCAUGUUGAUAUUCCACUAGGGAUCCAAGCGUUUCAGCAAGACAGUGUCCUUGAUUUGUCUGUACCUAGUAUAAGAAAGACAUGCAUCAAGUCUUGCAGCACGUACGGGCCAGAGCGGGAGAGUUUGUGCCACAUUGGGGACGAUGUUAGCAGUGGGGCUUUGGCUCUUGGGGUUCUUCGACCGGUUGAUUGCACGCCGAAGCUAGAUACCAAGUUGCUAAGUGGGUUAGCAUCUCUAGAGUUCAGCAGACAGCACAAGUGGGUUGUGGAUAGCGGUCAUGGUAGCGCUAUGGCUGAAGCCGUACAUAACUCUGCGCUCAGCGGAAGCGGCAACAUCGAGAUCGUCAGCACGUCGCAGACUGCCAAAGUCAUUGUGUCGGUCAAAGACGCCAUGCCUGCCAUAUUCUGCAGCAAGCUAAAAGGAUUAUCAGGCGUCUCUACUAAGAACUUUUCCAUUAAACGUGACUCAAGUCAGGGGGGAUUCGCAACACUGCCCAGGAUCCCAGGGGAUCAGCGAGGAGAAUCAAGUGACCCGCUCAAAAAGAUCUCCAAAAACAGAGGUAUCAAACUGAAGAAAGUAAGCUCCCAGGAGAUUCAUAUACUCCCCAUAAAGAAGCAGCGACUGGCAGCGUUUCUACCCAGAAAAUAACACACGCUCUUGCGUUCAGAGUGAGACGGGAAAACCAAGGACAUGGGCAAAGAAACGGCUACUGUGAAAAUAAUUGGUCUGAGAAAUGUAACCAGGGUAUGAUGAUGCUAAAUGCAUUCCUGGCAGAAACAAGGCCUAAAGCUUGUUUUCCAAGCUGUCCGUAUGAUUUAGACUGAUGCAGGCUGCCUCUGGCCUGACGUUUGGCAUUUAGGCCAUUCAUUAUAAAGCAUUCAGCUCAAGUCUACAGGAUAACGCUCCAAGUUAAAGAAGCAAUCUGAACAGGCCAAACUGCACUACUACUGAUAUUCUUUAGCAUUUGCAGCAUUAAUGCCAUCAGCAGAAUCGUUUCCCUUCCUAUGCAUUUUGAUGUUGGUCACACGUCCUCAUGAAUGAUUCAUCACACUUAAUCUGCAUUGCCAUUAAUAUGCAUGAGGUCUGUUUUGAAACCUGGCCAGCUGUCAGCGAGAAACACAUCGCUGACAAAUUCUCCUCUUGCUAAUAUGCCGAACUCUUGUUCUCCCGUCGCUGUUUACACUUGGAGUGCAAGACGUUUCCCAUUUUUGGUCCUAAUGAACUGUAGAAGGGGAACCGUGACCUUUUGCUUCCCUAAUCACUGUAUUAAUCAGUGGGGCAUUGGAGCGGAGGAUCCUCUUUGAAGAACAGGAGGGCUAAGCAGUUAGCAUGGCAGCCUCAUAAUGACUUGGCAAAGCGCAGACCUCGGUUUCAUUAAAUCUGAUGAUUGGAGGAAAUGGUUGUCAGUAGCAACAAAGCGUGGUUUUCAUCAUCCUCCCUUUGGGGGGCCAGAAAAGCUCCCCCCCACCCGCCCCCAAUCAAAUUAAAACUAAAUAAUCAUCAGGGGUUCGUCCCUAAACACAACAAAUCUGAGUGAAAUGGCUUAUUAAUGCUGUUUUUAUGGCCGUGGGUUCAACUCCAAGUCAUUUUUUUAGAUUAUUGUUCGCCAGCUGUGUGAACACACACACACAAGGAGAGUUUAAGUUUUAACAGUGUACGGAUUUUAACGCUCUUUAUGACGAUACCUACAGUGUUUUGGAUGGUGAACUGCCUAAAAUGAACCGCAAGAGUUUAAAAUGAAAUCCCUCCAUUUUCUCAGUCUCUAUCCAUGUUACUAGACUCAUCCGUGUAUGUUAUUCCACGUGUUUUGUAAUCUUUCAUGACUUUUAUUGUCUUUCUGGGUGAUGUCAGCAAGGUUGCACAAGCAAUAGGUUAACAUUAUGGCUAUUCAGCCAUUGUUUUAAACUGCUCUUAAUUGUAGAUAAUGCAGCAAUUUAAAGCCAAGCGACAUUACUGGAAUACAGUUUACCGCAAUAAUAGAAAAAUUAACAUUUGAAUAUGGGGCGAUGCCUCGACCUUCAGUCCCAGUCAAAAGCCCUCUUCAAAAGUGUGUGUUGGUAAUAUUUACAAUCAGGGCCGGCUUCAUUUUCACUCUUUUCUAAGGGAUAAGAUCAAGUGCCAUACAUACUACAUUAACUUUUCAUCUUUUAUCAAAUAAAAUAAAAAUAAUGGAUUGUGGUAGCUGCUUCAUGGCACUAAAAUCUGUAUUAUUGUAGCUUUCAUGUGGUUGUGAUGUGUUGAGUUUGAUUGAUAGCGUGAGGGUGUGUGUCGCACCGCAGGUUUCCACCCUCUCAUUAACCUUCUGAUCGUCCCAGCCAGUUUAGAAAUCAACUUAUUAAAACAGUUGACAGACACCAGAUCACAAACUGAAUACUGAAUCAGACAGAUUAUCCCCAUGAGCAUGUCAUAACGAGAGAAUCGAGAGAAAUAAACCUUUUAAUUGGAGAUUUUUGCAUUGUGACAUUAUUAUUUGUGACGAAUGCUUUACAAGUUAAAUAUUGACAUUUUGUGCAUUACAAUAAUGAGAAUUUGGAUGGGAAAAUGCCUGGUGUUUAUGAAAAUAAUACCACAAUGCAAAAAAAA